AUGUUCGUCUUUACCGCGGGAGGUGGGGGGAAUAGAGGCGGCGGGGGCGGGGGCCGAGGCGGACGUGGCCGUGGAGGUCGAGGGGGCAGGGGGGAUGGAGGCAAUCUUAACCGUGGCGGACGCGGAGGGGGAGGAGGGGGAGGUCCAGGUAAUCAAGGCGGUGGUGCCUGGGGGAAUCAAGGAGGGGGUGGCCGAGGAAACAGAGGCAACGAUAAUCGCGGCGGACUCGGCGGGGGAGGUGGAGGGAAUAGAGGCGAUGGCGGCGUAGGGGGCCGUGGACGAGGAGGGCCCGUUCCAGCAAGACGUGGCUGGGCCGCAGCAGCACCAGACCCGAUAGUCGAGGCCCGGGGCGCACUACCAGGUGUGGCCCCCAGAGAAGACCGACGCUACUGGACGCAAUUCCAAAAGACGAUCAAGUGGCCCUCGUGCAACUACUUCGAGUACCACAGACGAGGCCUCUCGCGCAACCACAGGGCACCCUGGAACGAUCCCAAGUUCCCGUUCCUGUUCCGCGAGCCGCCAAACCCGCAGCGGGGAUGGGACGGGAGCUAUCAGGUCGACGCCCGGGCGGCCAUCGCGAAACAGCUGGCGGGGCGGGUCGGGUUCGAGAGAAUGCGCUCGAUCAACUGGGGCAGCUGGCCGAACAUCAACCCGGAGGCCACGGCGGGCGCCGUGAGGAACAGGCUCGGGCGGCUCGGGGUCCGGGUGCAGCUUAUCAAGAUCCUUGGCGUCGGGGGCAACGGGGUCGCGUGCCUGUUCGAGGUGUGGCCUGGCGGGGACGACGGUGGGCCGAGCAGGAAGGUCGUGGUCAAGUCUGUGCUGAAGGCGGGACGGAACAUGCGUGCGGAGCGGCAAUAUAAUAUGGUCCUCAAACGGGCCCCGCAUAUCGUGCAAUCACUGACCUGGGGCCGCGAGAUCAUACCUCCGACGGCGGGGGCGGACGCGGCCGCGCUCCGGGCGCUGGCGGACAGGUGGGCGCCCAUCGACAACGACCAGACCAUGAUGGCGUUCGAGUUCAUGAAGGGCGGGGACUUGCAUAAACUCAUCAGGAAGGUGGCCAGGGAAGGGAGGACUGUGCCCCAGGCGGUGUUAUGGCGCAUCUUUUUCUGUCUCGUCAGGGCCUGCAUAGCAAUGUACUCGCCGCCGAGGUCCCUGACGCGGCGCCCGGACGGGACGACGGUGCCGGCGCCUGAGCUGGGCGACCAGUUCGGGCCUGACCUCGACGAGGUGCUGGCCGACCCGUUCCCUGGGUCGAGCCGGCAGCCACCUGGCUUCGACCUUGUGCAUUUUGACCUUGAUCCUCAGAACAUCCUGAUCGGGGGCAGAGACGCUGGAGAGCACACGGUGGCGCCUGUCGUUAAGAUUGGCGAUCUUGGCCUGGGCAAGAUCGUGGAGGAUCCGGUGUUUGAAUAUCCUGAGGGUGCCUGGGGCUGGCGGCGGAAGGGCAAGACCAUUCAGCUGUUGCCGGAGCAAUAUCACAAAGAGUGGGAUUACAUACAGACGAUACCAGUCCUCGAGCGCCACAGGGUGGCGGGCCGGUACGGGGAAUGGAGCAACAUCUUCCAGGUUGGACUUUGCAUCCAAAGCCUGAUAACAAGAGGCUACCCCCCAUACCCGCCACAGGCCAUAGGGCCCCUGAACGCCACCACGGGCCCGCCCAACCCCCUCUUCGACCGCAGCCCGACGACCGUCAUCCGCGACUCGGGCGGCACGCCCGUGGCGACGUUCUACACGCACGGGUUCAACCUGGCCUUCCAGGACGGGCUCGACGAGGACUUCCUGCACCUCAUGCUGCGGUGCCUGGCGGACCUGCCCUCGGACCGGCCGCCGCUCGUGGAGCUGCAGGACCUCAUGCGGCGCAUGGAGGGCGAGGGCGCGGGCGGCGCGGGCGGGCGGGUCGUGCCCGGGGAGGACGUCGCUGCGAGCCGGGCGUGGUGCAAUUGGGCCUUUGGGGAGCCUGCUGCUCCCGCGGCACCAGCGGCAGGAGACGACGGGUCCCUGCCGGCGCCGCACUGGGCGGGCAAUGACCGGCCGCCGCAGUGGGAGGCGCCGGACGAGCCUGGUGCUACUGGGGACGUGAAUCCUGGCCGUACCCGGCCGGCUUUUAUGGAUGGUGGGGGGAAUGUGCCUGGGCUUGCGCCGCGUUGA